CCUCGAGGCGCGCGCGGCCGCCGGCGCACGCGGCGCGGGCCCGAGCCCGGCCCCGGUGACGGCCGCCAUCAUGUCCCUGGGCAAUUACAGCAGCCUGAACCGAGCCCAGCUCACCUUCGAGUACCUGCACACCAACUCAACUACCCAUGAGUUCUUGUUUGGUGCCCUUGCUGAACUUGUAGAUAAUGCCAGAGAUGCAGAUGCCACGAGAAUAGACAUUUAUACUGAGCAACGAGAGGACCUACGAGGUGGAUUCAUGCUAUGUUUUUUGGAUGAUGGAACAGGAAUGGAUUCAAACGAAGCUGCCAGUGUUAUCCAGUUUGGUAAAUCAGCCAAGCGAUCACCUGAGUCCACUCAAAUUGGGCAGUAUGGGAAUGGCUUGAAAUCGGGUUCUAUGCGGAUUGGGAAGGAUUUUAUCCUCUUCACGAAGAAAGACAACACCAUGACUUGUCUCCUCUUGUCACGGACAUUCCAUGAGGAAGAAGGCAUCAAUGAGGUCAUUGUUCCUCUGCCCACCUGGAAUGCACGGAGCCAUGAACCUUUGACAGACAACAUGGAGAAGUUUGCUAUUGAGACGGAGCUCAUUUACAAGUAUUCCCCUUUCAAAUCAGAACGGGAAGUGAUGGAGCAGUUCAGUAAGAUACGUGGUGAGAAAGGCACCCUGGUGAUCAUCUUUAACCUCAAACUAAUGGAUAAUGGAGAGCCAGAGCUGGAUGUGACUUCUGACCCACAAGACAUUCAGAUGGCAGAAACACCCCCUGAGGGAACCAAGCCGGAGCGCCGCUCCUUCCGUGCUUAUGCUGCUGUGCUAUACAUCGAUCCCAGGAUGAGGAUCUUCAUCAACGGACACAAAGUGCAAACCAAACGACUCUCGUGCUGCCUCUACAAGCCAAGGAUGUACAAAUAUACUUCAAACCGUUUCAAGACCCGUGCAGAGCAAGAGGUGAAGAAAGCAGAGCACAUGGCAAGGAUAGCAGAGGAGAAGGCUCGUGAGGCAGAGAGCAAAGCUCGUGUCCUUGAGCAGCACCUUGGAGGGGAUCUCACGCGGGAGUCCAGGGCAACACUGCGUCAGGUCCAGAACUCAGCCAUCACCAUGCGGCGGGAGGCUGAUGUCAAGAAAAGGAUUAAGGACGCAAAGCAGCGGGCACUGAAGGAACCCAAAGAGCUGAAUUUUAUCUUUGGGGUGAACAUUGAGCAGCGUGAGCUGGACGGCAUGUUCAUUUAUAACUGUAGUCGGCUGAUCAAGAUGUAUGAGAAGGUGGGCCCGCAGCUGGAGGGCGGCAUGGCAUGUGGAGGAGUGGUAGGUGUGGUCGAUGUGCCCUAUUUGGUUCUGGAGCCAACCCAUAAUAAACAAGAUUUCGCUGAUGCCAAAGAGUAUCGACACUUGCUGAAGGCCAUGGGAGAGCAUUUGGCUCAGUAUUGGAAGGAUGUUGCUAUAGCCCAGAGAGGUAUCAUCAAGUUCUGGGAUGAAUUUGGUUAUUUAUCGGCAAACUGGAACCAGCCUCCGUCUAGUGAACUACGCUACAAGCGCCGGAGAGCCAUGGAGAUCCCCACCACGAUUCAGUGCGAUGUAUGUCUGAAGUGGCGGACUCUCCCGUUCCAGCUAAGCUCUGUGGAGAAGAACUACCCUGAUAGCUGGGUGUGCUCCAUGAACCCUGAUCCUGAACAAGACAGAUGUGAGGCUGCAGAGCAGAAACAGAAGGUACCACUGGGAACUCUGAAAAAAGACUCAAAAUCACAUGAGGAAAAGCAGAAACAACUGACAGAGAAAAUCCGCCAGCAGCAGGAAAAACUGGAAGCUCUGCAGAAAACCGCUCCAAUUCGAUCUCAAGCUGACUUGAAGAAACUGCCUCUGGAAGUGACUGCACGACCUUCAGGAGAGCACACCCGACCUCAGCGCCCACGAUCUCCUCCUUUGCCUGAUGUAAUCAAGAACGCUCCCAGCAGACCACCAGGAUCUUCACCUCCUCCCAAGUCCAGCAGUCAGCUGAAAAAGAGCUCUUCAGAUUGUCCAAAUACCAGCUCUUCCAAGCUGGCCAGCACGCUCUUCACAGAGGAGGCCAGCACUUCCAGGACACACCAGAACACUGUGACAUCUGGGAAGUCUAACAGCGCUUUAAAAACUCUUGCCAAACAAGGUACAGCCACGAAGUCCCUCUCUGCUGGCCUGCAGAGCCCUAAAAGCCCACGUGAGACACCCAGUCCAAAAGCUGCCAAGGUGCCAGCAGUAAAGAAAUCUGCCUCUGGCAAAUGCUCACAGGCCUCCAGCACUCGGAAGAGGACCUUGAACAUCCCAGAGGAUGGGUCUGAGGAGGAGGGGGAGCACAAAAAGGAGAGGACAAAACGAGGAAAAUUUGUGGCAGUGAAAGAAGAGAAGGAUUCCAAUGAGGUGGUAGUGGAGCUCACAGACAGUGCUGGAGAGGAAGAGCUGGUGGAACUGAAGAAAGCUCAGAAAGAUAAGGGGCUGCAUGUGGAGGUGCGUGUGAACAAGGAGUGGUUCACGGGCCGUGUCACAGCUGUGGAAAGGGGCAGACAUGCGAUCCGGUGGAAGGUGAAGUUUGAUUAUGUCCCUACAGACACCACACCACGGGAUCGCUGGGUAGAGAAAGGCAGUGAGGAUGUGAGGCUGAUGAAGCCUCCCUCUCCUGAGUACCAGGCUCCAGACACACAGCAGGAAGAGGAGGUGGUUGUGGCUGAACCUUCUACCUCAGACUGCGUCAGAAUCGAGCCCGACACCACUGGUCCCAGCAGCAGCCAAGAAACAGUUGACCUUCUAGUCCAGAUCCUUCGGAAUUGUUUGCGGUACUUCUUGCCUCCAAAUUUUCCAGUCUCCAAGAAUGAGCUGAGUUCCAUGAGCUCGGAAGGGUUGUUGUCAUUUCCCUUGAAAGAAUAUUUCAAGCAAUAUGAGGCGGGUCUGCAGAACCUGUGCAAUUCAUAUCAGACACGCGCCGAUGCCCGGGCCAAAGCCUGUGAGGAAAACCUCCGGAACUCGGAGAGGAAGCUGAGGGAAACAGAGGAGAAACUACAGAAACUGAGGACUAACAUCAUGGCCCUUCUGCAGAAAGUGCAGGAGGACAUUGAUAUUAAUACAGAUGAUGAACUGGAUGCAUAUAUCGAGGACUUGAUCAUGAAAGGAGACUGAGCAGCCCUAGUACGAGUCCUGGAGAAGUGCAGAGGAGCUGGCUGCUGCAGUGGGAGAUGUGGAUUCCUGCAGGGUUGGCCUGGGGCAGCUGAUGACGGAAGAGGGUUUUUAAACAGUGCUCCUGUUGGUGUGCAACUUGUUCCUGUGACUGUACAUGCAAAGCAUUUGUGCUGUUGACAGGAAAAUUUUCAACAUUGUAGUUCUCUGAAUCUCUUUUGUUUAUAAAUAUUUAUUUUUAAAAGAAAUAGGAACUGUGCCUGAUACGAUGGGUGGGUUGCUGCGUGUUUUUAGCGAUGUGAAAGUGUGAGUACCCUUCUUGUAUCUAAACCUGGGAGCCCAGAGCAUCCUGCCUAGCAGGUUGUCUGCAGUAAGAACCUGGCAGCAACUAAAAAAUAAACCUUGAGUUCUAGCAGAGAAGGUCAGGACUUAGACAUGGAAGAUACUCAACUUGGGCUACAGAAAGCCAAGCCAUGAAUUUGAGCUGUUGAAAGGAAAUGUCCCUGUAUGAGCAUGAGUGGAGGGGAUGGAACCUCAGUAGAUUGGGGGGGUUGGCACUGGCACAUUCCUGAACAGGAGGUCACCAUAAGCAAGUGGAACUGCCACCAUGCUGACAGCGAAGAGGCUGAGGAUCCUGGGCCUUCUGGGCUGUCAUGGUGAGCUGUGAGCAUCAAUGGGAGAACACGGGAGUUCAGGUUCUCUGCUUGCAGUCACCUGUUUCUUUGAGACAUAAUUGCAACAUCAGAAGAACUCGACCACCUGACAAUAAAGUGACCCCUGUUCUGUUGUCA